GUGUAGAAAUGACCUAACUUCCUGUAUCCUAAUUAACAUGCAAUAAAUUUUCUAAAUUAGUGACGUUUAUGCCAAUUACAAGCAAAUUUUAUAAUAUUUAUGACGAAAAAGCUUAAACAGAACUGUAGUACUAUAAACGAUUAUCUGACAUAAGGUUAAACCGAAAAACAACGUCGAUAAACGUGAAACAUUAUAUAGGCCAAAUUUGGUAAUAUGGCGGGGGUGUUGUUCGAAGAUAUUUUUGAUGUGAAGGAUAUUGAUCCCGAGGGCAAGAAGUUUGAUCGAGUAUCAAGACUUUUUUGUGAGUCUGAAUCCUUCAAAAUGGAUUUGAUCUUAGAUGUCAACACACAGAUGUACCCAGUAGACUUGGGGGACAAAUUCCGAAUGGUUCUGGCCAAAACCCUGAGGGAAGAUGGGACUCCGGAUGAUGGUGAAUACAACCCCACUGACACAGGGCCCUCCAGGGCCGACAGUUUUGAGUACGUCAUGCACGGAAAGGUGUACCGCAUCGAGGGAGAUGAUACGGGCCCAGACUCCAGUCGACUGGCAGCGUACGUGUCAUAUGGAGGCCUGCUGAUGAGACUGCAAGGUGACGCCAAUAACCUCCACGGCUUCGAAGUCGAUUCUUACGUUUAUCUCCUUAUAAAGAAGCUCGCUUUCUGAAACUAUUAAAAAUUUCAAUUUCAGAGAUAGCAAAAUUUGAUCAGUAGGCAUGCAAUCUCUAUUGAUUGCAGUGGCCUGGAUUAAAAAAUGAUUCUUGAGCUGCAAUAUCUUGCUGUUAAGGUUGUUCAUCAGAAUGUUGUUCAUAGAUACCGACCUUAUGUGUUCAGUCAUUUUUAUCAUGUAUGUAAGGAAGAGUGGGUCUCAGUGCAGAUGAACUCACCAAAACUUUAUAAAAGUUGUUGAAUAUUAUUUUGUUAUGAAUGACAAAAAUCAAUAAAACAAAUUUCUUAAGUG